CAUAAUAUACAUAUUAUACUUUGUUACGAAAAACCAAAUUUAACCGCUCUUAUGUUGUCUACUCCUGCAGUUUCUCACCGAGAUGGGAUUUUCGGUGAAUUAUUUUAAUGUUACUCUGAGCUUCAACGUCGUGUGUCUGUUGUUUCUGUUAUUGCCAAACGGCAAUUAUUUGACACCGUUGAAUUUCCUCAUCAAUAUCGCUUGUACUGGUUUACUGAGCUUAUUAUUCUACAAUAUAUUCACGUCGGAUAUGAACAUCGGCUGCCAGACGCUCAUCUGUGGAAAUGUGACAGACGUUUUCCAAUAUUUCGGAAUACUUUUGUUCACUUUCAUACCUAUAGUUCAGGUGUUUAAAAUCGGAGACCGGUCGAUUAGAAAGAAUGAUUUCGCCUGGCCAAAACUGUUGAACAUGUCGAUGGUCAUAAUUACAAAUAUGUACAUUGCAAUCGGCCUAUGUGGGUAUUUGGACCAACAAAAUGUCCCAAUAUUUGGAAUUCCAAUAUUGAAGUUCAUGCCAGCUAUCAGGUGCCGGAAUAUCGUCAAAACAUGCGUCGCCAUAAAUGUUACGAUAUUUUACCGUGAACUGAAUGUCGAGUCCACAUUAUUGUGGGUGUCGUCCAUCAAGGUGGAUAAAAGUGAUAAUAAAAUGGGCAAUCCACCGUCUACCGUCAAAUACUCGCCGGCCAUGUUUGCGGGAUUGACGGCAUUUACGAAGAUAUUAUUCACGUUUUGUUCGUUUUUUGUCACCAUUGCAGUAGCGUCACCGGCCACCAGCGGAUUCCAAGCGAUGGUGGCCCUCAUAGGAUACCUUGGUAACGCUUGCAAUAUGAUGAUAUACCCAUACAUUGUGGAGAUGUGCGUGACGUAUGCCCUCCAUGGAAUAUCCACCAGACGAUACGUGAUUUUCAAGGACGUGUGCUUGGUGCUUCUGGGCUUGUUGGUGUUCGUGUGCGGUACGUCCGCGCUCGUGUUGCGUAUAAUUCACGACGGUGACUGAGAACGGAUAUAAAUACUGAUGAUCGACAUGAUAGCCUUAAAAGCGAACAGAACGUGAAUGCCGGACAAGCCCAGAAGGACUAAACACUCAUCCUCGAGGAUCACGUAUGGUCUGGUUGACAUACCCUGCAGGUCAUUCAUCACGACGAUUUACGGGUAUCCACUUGAAAGUCGUGGGUGAAAAUGGGUCAAUGAAAAACAUGUCCUUGGCGAUCACGUAGGGUCUGCUCGACAUACUGCUAUGCUGCAUUGUGCAGCCCUGUGCGUGACCGCACCUUAUAUGUUUAUUUUUUCAUCAAACUGCCAAAAGAAGGCUUUCUGUUAUAACGAUAAAAAUAAAGAUGUUGAAAUAAUAUAUAAACAUCGAAGUUGUCCAUAUAUUAUAUAUAAUAAUAUGUCUUGUGAUAGAUAUUAUAAUCGUAAAUAUCACUCCUGGUGGACUGGUGGAGUUGCCCACCCUUAGUCUAAGAAACUUAUACUAAGUACAUUUAUGGUUUUAGGCGUUUUAGAUGCCUACAGUGUCUUGAAAGUAGUGGUGAAAUUGCGGAUAGAUUAGUUUAUUGCAUUUCAGCGACACUAUAUUUUGUGUUUAAAGGAAAACUCGUUAAUCUGGUCCUGGAUGG